AUGGAUAUGAGAACUGACGCUCAGGAACUAUCAACUCAGGCGCUGAAUCAGGCAUCCGCCAAUCUCACCGAUAAUAACACCAUCCAUGACAACCACGAUCAAAAAAGUGACGAAAAUGUGGAUGCUUCUUCCAAGAAGUCGGAUUCAGGCAUCUACAUGGAAGCCAAAGCAGAAGGUCAUAUUCCGCCUAUCAGCCCAGUUCGAACUGAAGACCGGGAUGAGCAAUCUGCAACUAGAGAGCAUCUUUCGGCCGAUUAUCAAGAUGAAGCAACUUCGUACACGGAAGACUCUGCGUCUAUAAUGUCGAAUACCACCACUAUUUCCUCACUUAUGGAUGAAGAAGAUGAAGGCAAACAAGUUUACAAUAUAGAAACGACCAAUCCCUCUCGACUUUUUUGGGUACCAGCCGAACAGCACCCAGAGAUUGCUCCGGCUGAGUUUGCAAAUUGGUUACAGACUCACGGUGUAAUACGAGGAAAAGGGCAACUGCGUGUGCGUCGGAAGCGAUCGAUUCUUGCGGUUUCAUAUUUGCCAGGUGAAGAAGAUGACGAUGACGAGCAAUCAAAGGAGCAUUCACGACAACGUCGUCAAACACACAGUUCGACCACGAGUGUUCCAGAAUCGCAGCCAUUCACCUCUAAUGUCGCUGAACACCCCAUUUUAGAAGAGCAGGAAGAGACAGAACCAGAUUCUACAGUUACGACGAAUAAUGGUAGAAUACGAAGGACCGUUAGUCUUUAUUCGCCUACAUCCACUGUCGGUAGGCAACCAUCCACAUCGUCUCAAACUCUGAUAUUCGAUCGGCAUUCAUCUGCAACAGACGAAUCACCGGUAAUUGUGCCUCGAGUGGAAGGCUCACUACUAAGGCGAGCAGCUAGGACUAGGAUACGACGAACAUCUUUAUCUGGAUCUCAACCAGGAGAGGCAGGAAGACGAUUUGGUAACCGCCGCUCACAGUCCAUUCAUGCAAAACCUAGUGAUUAUCCCGAACGUUUCGGCGUCGUCCCUCCAGGAGGAAUCACUUUACAAGAUAGACCUGUUAGCAUAAGUGAAAUUAUCGACUUUGGCGGUCCGGAGUAUGAGCCUGCUGAAUCUCAGCAAGGCAUCAUCACGCGAGUUCAUGACGCCGAGACCGAAGUUUUUUCACGUAUAGCAGCCGAGGAAAACCAGCAACAAGCGGCAAAAGCUACUAAACCCGACGUGACGGAAAAUGCAAUUCCAUCACAUAUCCAAGACGAAAAUGUGAUCGCAGAGACAGCCGAGGUAAUUGCCCCAACCACUGAGCAUGUAAAUAUCCCCACCACAACUCAGGCACCAGAAGAGCAACUUGAGGUUAUCAUUCCUACCUUCACAAUUGAGCACAAGACACAGCCUGACAACCAAACUGUGUUGAAAGCAAAGACAAAUGUUACACUGGCAAAAACGGAUAGCAAGAGUAGCAAAUCAUCGUCUAGCCCAUCCAAACCAGAGAAACGAUCCUCAUGGUCCUUCAAAUUUUUGUCAGAUGAUAAACCGAAGAAGAAGCAGCAGCAGCACCUGACUAGCAGUAGUUUACAAAGGGUACCUUCGUCAUCUUCAACAAUAUCGACUGCUAGCAAUGCCUCAAGCACUGGGUCAUCCAAAUCAAAACUCAAAGACACAAACGAGAUAUUUUCAAAUCCGGCAAAGAAGCUUGGUUUAUCUCAUCUAUUCCAACGAACGAAUUCCAAAGCUCAGAAAGCGAAUAUAAACGGUUCUUCGGUUAUGGUGAAGAAAUCGGCAAAGUCAAAUGAGAUUAACGUCGCCAAUGACGACUUUUCCAGGUUUCCGGUGCAUGUAGAGCGUGCUAUCUACCGACUGUCGCAUUACAAGCUGUCGAAUCCCCGGCGCCCACUUCAUCAUCAAGUCUUAAUCUCAAAUCUGAUGUUCUGGUAUCUGUCCAUCAUCAAUGGUCAGAAGAUAAGGCAGCAGGCUUCACCUCAACAGUCUGAACAUACUGCGUCACCAGAAUCACCACCCCCAUCAUCUUUCAUCAUUCAUUCACAAAAUAACUACCAGGAAGAGCAGGAAGCGACGCCAGCAAAGCUAGGCAAAGUUGGAAGGUUCAUCAGUGCAAGCAAGAAGAGAAGACAAGAAAUCAUUGAAAAGAAGCAAAUACAACAACAGCAACAUCACCAACCCCGAUGGCUACCGCCUAUAUCUGAAGGAUCUGCACAAGGUGAUGGUCAGAUCGAAGAGAGCGACAAGACAGGCACGCACGUAACGUUUGCCGCUCCGAAAGCUGCACCACGCGCGAAAGACGUCGAUGAACGUUUGCCUCAGACCAAAAGUCAACCUAAUUUGCCUCAUGGCUCACAAUUGGUGACAAGCAAACGACCUAGUGAUAAUCGAUAUUCCCCUAUUCCCAAUCAGCAUUAUCAACCAUCCCAGCAGACCACUUUUACUCACGAAGCUACCACUUCGGAAUCAGCACCGGUCAAUCCACUCAAUCCACAUCCUUUACCCCCGAUACCCGGACCUCCCAUAUUGUCAGAGGUGUCAAGUUUUGACUCGUUCACCGAUGACAUACUCAAUUCACUUGGCUUGGAAGGACAGCACGCAUCCGAGGAUGAUGAUGUUCCUCUAGCGCUUUAUCGAAACAGGUCAUGA